AUGGAAAAUUCUCCCUCCCCGGAAACUGAGUCAUCGUCGGACGCCCAGCAAGAUGUAUCUUCUGACCAGUCUACUCGGGCUGAUAGCCUCAGACAAUCUCAACAAAUGGCUGAAAUUAUACAGCAUUUAAAUGGUGUUAAUGGCAUAUAUGGAAGACCAGGGGCAGGGGCAUGGGCUACGCGGAUUAGAGCACGAAUAGAAGCACUAGUGUCAUCUGAGAACGACGAGGAAUUGGUGGGUUCUCAAUCCGAGGGUGAAGAAGCACGACAGGCAUCUGAAAAUCACACGGAAGCAAUAGCGAAUUCUCAAGCCGAGGACGCAGAAGCUCGACCCCUGGAGUUUGGGGGCCUACCUAAUCCUCCGCCUUUGAUCUUUGAAGAUGACACGAUGAUCAAACGCAGUUGUUAUGAGAAUUUUCGACUUGAAGAGAUUGAAAGUUAUCUUUCUCCCGUAUCUGCCGGCGAAUCAGACCGCUGUCCUAUUUGCCUGGAAAAAUACAAUGAAACCUUACAUGCUCCUACUGUGGUCAAGGACAUACGCUAUUGCAAUGAUUGCCAGAGACUCCAUACUAUGCGGCCAGACACCAGCAACUCUCACAUAGCUUGUGCAGUGCCAGUAUGCUCGCACAUAUUUGGCAAACACUGUAUUAUUCAGUGGUUGAAACACCACUCUACCUGCCCUCUGUGUCGGAAUAGGGUAGAUCUCGAAUAG